UAUGGUUUACUUUGAUCCCUCUUCUCCAUAGGUCAUGGCAGAAAACCUCACCAUGAUCACUGAGUUCCUGUUGUUGGGUUUUUCAAGCCUUGGUGAAGUUCAGCUUGUCCUCUUUGUGGUUUUUUUCCUUCUGUAUCUAGUCAUCCUGAGUGGCAAUGUCACCAUCAUCAGUAUCAUCCGUCUGGAUCGAAGCCUCCAUACACCAAUGUACUUUUUCCUUGGCAUCCUCUCUACCUCAGAGACUUUUUAUACCUUUGUCAUUCUACCCAAGAUGCUUAUCAAUCUAUUUUCUGUGGCCAGGACAAUAUCUUUCACCUGCUGUGCCAUUCAGAUGUUCUUCUUCCUUGGUUUUGCUAUUACUAACUGCCUGCUCUUGGGUGUGAUGGGUUAUGAUCGCUAUGCUGCCAUUUGUCACCCUCUGCAUUACCCAAUCCUUAUGAGCUGGCAGAUGUGUGGAAAACUGGCAAGCAUUUGUGGGAUUGGAGGUUUCUUGGCUUCCCUUAUGGUAGUAAAUUUAGUUUUUAGUCUCCCUUUCUGUAAUGCCAACAAGGUCAACCAUUAUUUCUGUGAUAUCUCACCAGUCAUUCGCCUGGCUUGCACCAAUACAGAUAUUAACGAAUUUAUCAUCUUUAUCUGUGGAGUUCUUGUACUUGUGGUCCCAUUUUUCUUCAUUUGCAUUUCUUAUGUCUGCAUUCUGAGGACUAUCCUGAAGAUUCCCUCAGCUGAGGGAAGGAAGAAAGCCUUUUCUACAUGUUCCUCUCACCUCACUGUUGUCAUUGUUCACUAUGGCUGUGCUUCCUUUAUCUACCUAAGGCCUACAGCAAGCUAUGUGUCCAAUAAAGACAGGUUGGUGACGGUGAUAUACACCGUUGUCACACCUUUACUAAAUCCCAUGGUAUAUAGCCUCCGAAACAAAGAUGUCCAGAUUGCUAUCAAGAAAGUGUUAGGAAAGAAAGGAUCUCUAAAAUUGUACAAAUGA